AUGUCCCAAGAUCAAGAUAUCUUUUACGACGUCGAGCGGGAUAUCAUUGCACCCUUCCGAAGUCCUGGGCUCGAGGCCGUCAAGCCGGUGUACGGUCCCCGAGAAAGCCCUGCUCCUCUUAUACCCGUCGAGGAUUCAACCUCAGACGACUCAGAGGCGGAGGACACGGACGCGGGACAACGGCGGGAGAAAUCUCUAGCACGAAAGGGUCGAACCAACCACACCUUUGCCGAUAGCGUACUGAUUCUUUCCAUAGAUCCUAAUGAACGAAUACUUGCCAGCCAGGCACGGCAAGAGGCGUUGAACUCGAGGAGUCCAUCAGAAGAGGCGGAGGCGGAGGAUGAGGACGGCGACGAAGACGACAACGAAGGCCAAGGUGGCUGGAGACAGAGGAGGAGGCCCGAGGUGUUUAUUCGGAAUGGAGUUGGGCCUAUGCCGGUGCCGCAGCCGGCCCUGCUCGCCCAUCCUCCUGGGCUUGACGACGACGUCGACGACUUUCCCAUGAUUGACAAUCCAGCCACUGUGGCUGAAGGGCAACCGGUGCGGCCGUCUCCGAGAUCUGGGCACGGGCACGCCCUCCAAAGGUCCGAAGGGCAUACUCAACCCUCCCAUGCUGAACCCCAGCAAGCAGAUCUGGCAAGAAAGCAGUUCAACACAAUCCCACCCCCGAGGACUCGCCCGCUGUUUCCCAAUCUGCGGCUGAAUCUUGCUCCGAAUAUCUGUGACGCCGAUCAAGAUGACGACUCGAUCCUCCGGUCACCGAUUCUGGGAAAAUAUGCGAUAUCGCCUCGUGAUGCUCAUCCAGAUUUCACCUUACCGGCCAUGCAACAUAUGUCCCCUCCACGAUCCUCGCCUGCGGGUAUAUCAGAUUAUAGGAUGACGCUUCCGUCUCUGAAGAUCGCCAUUGGCGAUGUCCCGGACCCCAGCCCGGGGGCGUUUGCCUGCCCGUCUCCGAGCGUGGGUCGGGCUUUAUCGGGCCAGAUUGCAUCUUAUGCAUCUCCGGCCUCCUACUCCGCAUAUUCUGCCAUGUCACCUCCAGAUCCGCGGUCUCACAGUCAGUGGCGCACAACGACCGGAUAUUCCACCGCGUCAACGUACUCCGACUACACGUCAUCAACGUCCGUCUCUGUCGGGACGCCAGCCUCGUCAAUCAUCACGCCGUCCCCGGCGGCCUCGGGUCCUUGUUCGCUGACUCCUCUUCCUGAGCACGAUCAAGAAGAACAAGAGGAGGACAGCAGAACGCAGCACGUGCCGACCAACGAGGCUGAUUUGGCAUUUCAGGGUGAAGUUCGAUUCUUACCUCAGCAGCCUCAGCCUAAAGCUCAUUCCAACGCUCGACCCCAACCUGGAAACCGCUCGAAACCUCAGUUUCAACGUCCCAGUCGACCGAAACCUCCGCCCAAACCCGUUGCUCGCUCAAAGCCUCAACCCCCGCCUCGCCCUCCCACGAAGCCUGAGUCGCAACCCCAACCUCCGCUUCAACCUCAUACUCAGGCCGAUGCCGAAUCUCAGGCUGAGUCCGAGGUCGAAUCUGAACUCUCCGAACUCACCGAACUUGAGUCUGAUUUUGACUCGGAGCAUGAGGCUGAGUCCGCCCCACCAUCUAAAUCACACCCCAGACGUCCAUCCGUGUCUCAAUCCAAAUCUCAACCCGAACUGGCCCCCAAUCCCCCGGCAGGCCAUCGCUUCUCCCUAGGUCCCUACAAGUGCACCUACGAGGGAUGUAAUGCGCCACCCUUUUCGACCCAGUACCUGUUAAACAGUCACAUGAACGUCCACUCUAACAUGCGAACUCAUUUCUGCCCCGUCAAAGAUUGUCCUCGAGGGUAUGGUGGCCUGGGGUUCAAGAGGAAGAAUGAGAUGAUUAGGUGA